UUACACCCAAAAUAAUAAUAAUAAAAAAUAAAACAAUAAACAUCCAACAAUCAAACACUUCCACUUCUACUCUCACUAAAUAUCAUCAUCUUCAUCUCUACCGACAACAUCCUCAAUGGAAGAUCCACAUUUCACCUCAAAACUUCUUCUUUUCAUCACAUGGUUUCUUUUUCCAGCAAUGGUGGCAUCAGUAGGGAUCAACUAUGGACAAAUCGCCAACAAUCUCCCAUCACCCGAACGCGUAGUUCCGUUGGUUAAAUCCAUCGGUGCGACACGGGUUAAGCUCUAUGAUGCAGAUCCUAAGGUUCUGAAAGCUUUUGCAAACACGGGAGUUGAGUUUAUUGUAGGUCUUGGUAAUGAGUAUUUAUCCAAGAUGACCGAUCCGAAUAACGCUCAAGCGUGGGUUAAAGCCAACGUUCAAGCGUACUUGCCCGCAACUAAAAUCACCUCCAUUGCUGUUGGCAAUGAAGUUUUGACUUUUAAUGAUACUUCUCUUUCGGGAUGUUUGCUUCCGGCGAUGCAAAGUGUUCAUAACGCGCUCGUUAACUUGAAAUUGGAUAGUCAGGUCACGGUUACGACUGCACACUCGGUGGCAGUACUCCAGAACUCGUACCCCCCUUCCUCGGGGGCUUUCCGGCCGGAUCUAAAGGGAUGCAUCUCUCCAAUCCUGGAUUUCCUUUCGAAAACAUGUUCGCCAUUUCUAAUCAAUGCGUACCCAUUCUUCGCAUACAAGGCGAAUCCGAAGCAAGUUUCGCUUGAUUUCGUUCUCUUUCAGCCCAAUGCCGGUAUCACUGAUCCGGCUAACAACUUACACUACGACAACAUGUUGUUCGCUCAAAUUGACGCGGUUUACGCGGCUCUUAACCGGUUAGGUUACAAUAAAAUGACGGUCCAGAUAUCCGAAACCGGUUGGCCGUCAAAAGGAGACGAUGACGAGCUAGGAGCAUCGCCCGAAAACGCUAAGAAAUAUAAUGGAAACCUUUUGAAAAUAAUUAGUCAGAAGAAAGGAACCCCGGCGAGACCCAACACCGAUUUGAACAUCUUCGUGUUCGCUAUGUUUAAUGAGAAUUUGAAGCCCGGCCCGACGUCAGAAAGGAAUUAUGGUUUGUUUAAACCGGAUGGAACUCCGGCGUAUGGGUUGGGUUUUUCGGGAAUCGGUGUCUCUGGCGGUAAUUCGACAAGUACGGGUGGUAACAGUCCGGGUACGAAUGGGCCGGGGGUAUAUUUGUCGCCGCCCGCCAACUCGUCCGAUGGGUAUAUGGACAUAUCUUUGUCUCCGGAAAAAGUUAUUCGAAGCAGUUGGAGAAGAUUGGGCAUGGGUUUGAUGUUAAUCUUGAUGGCAAUGGCCUUUGAUAUUUGAUGUGUUAGAUUAUUAUGGUUUGAAUGGGAUUAGAAAAUUAGAGGAAGAGACAACCUACCAUAUUCCAUGUCAGGAAAAUGUGUUGAUGUUGAUGUUAAUGUUAAUGUUAUUCCUUAUUCUUGUAAUUUGGAAAUUCUUUAAUUAAAUCUUGUGUCAUAUGUGCAUUAUCAUAUUCAAUAUGUUUGAUUUGCA